UUGGUCGGGGUGGGCGGGGCGCGCCCGCCGGAAGUGCGGGGGCCGCUUCCGGUGCGGCGGCAGUCGGGAGGGAGGCGCGGCGCGGUGAGGACGGGGGGGAGCUGCGGUCUCAGCUUUGUCCCAGAACAAGAGGAAACCAUGGUGUGCAUUCCCUGUAUCGUCAUUCCCGUUCUUCUCUGGGUCUACAAGAAGUUCCUGGAGCCUUACAUCUAUCCUGUCAUCGCACCUUUCAUUAAGCGCGUGUGGCCCAAGAAAGCCGUGCAGGAAACGACAGCCACAAAACGAGGGCAAGGAGGCAGUGCUGGAAACCCCCGAGCACCUUCAGCCAGCGAAAGGGAUAAGGAGGAUGAGUCUGGAGUUCACAGAUUUGAAAGCAACGGGGUUGCGAAUGGAAUUGCUGCAAAGAGAGCCACAGAACUUCCUGACAAGAAAACAGAUUAAAGGAAUUCAUUCCGAAGGAUUUCAUUCCCUGGUAUCCAAUAUGAACUGGUGAUUGAUAUUUCUCUCACUUGGAGGCACUUCUUUGCACAUUUCAGCUGAAUAAAACCCCUUAUCACGUACAGCAGAAGGUCUCUUUUGCCACUAAAAUGGCAGCUAGCAGAUUUCUUAUUUAAAACGUUUGAAAACCGUGUUAAAUUAUUCUUCAUUUCCUUCCCUUGGAACCACUUUGCAUCUAUAACCUAUUGGGCAUGACUAGAGAUUUAGGUUAAAUAGUUUUAUGGAUUAAGCUAGCUUUGGAAGAUAAACGUGUUGCUUCUUAGUUUCACUGACUGCGAGCGCAAUACUUCAUUCUUCCACUUCGAAACUAAGCUGUUCUUGACCUCGCUAGAGAACUAUUAAUUGCAUUGUGGCAGCAUAAACAUUACGGUCAACUUCUGAGGAAUACAGACUGCUGUGUGAAAUUUGCAGAUGAGCUAAAAGAGUUACGCUAUAUGCAAAAUUUCCUUAGCAAAAAGUCUUGAUUUGAUACUUUCAGUCUUUUUUUUCUUUUUUCCUUUAAACGUUGUGCCUUUCUUUCCUGAAAAGGAUCAGCAGGUGCAUGAUGCAAGAGAGUUGUUGCGUUAUAUUCUGUUGCAGUGGUUUCAAACGAUGCAGGUCUGUGUUUAGAAAAAAAAAAAAAAAAAAGGGACUAAAAUCUUUUACCGUGCUUGUGUAAUUUGAAUGAUAAUAAAGCAGGACUUUAUUGAAAAUUUA